AACAAAAAAAAACUUCGAGGCAGCAAAGUAAAUGGCGUCUCAACUUGUUUUUUAUUCAAUACAAAUGUAUUUCUAAUUUAAUAGCUGCUUUUUAUGAGUAACUGUUUUAGUGAUAUUGAUAAAAUCAGUUUCCUAAAUGUUAUAUUGACGUUUAGUGUCUGUUUCGUCGUCAUUUCACCGUUUAGUGUGAAACAAUGGCGUCGAAUGAUACUUUGCAAUCCAAUGUAAAAGUUGAUGAAAUACAUGACUUUGGUGACUAUGAAACCAGUGAUAGAAGCAAAUUAGAUGCCGGUGAAGGAGGCAAGCGUCGGCGAAUGAGUCACGGUUAUCGAAAACUUUCGAAAUUGGGAUACGAUCCAAGUGUGCCAACUAAUUUGAAACACGCAACAUCUAGAGAAUUCAAAGAUAGAAAACGCAAACUCAGCACUGAUUCGAAGGAGCUCUGCGUGUGGGGCGAGAAUACGCGGCCAUCAAAGCUAAGCAAGAUAUGGCCAGUCUUUGAUUCUGGAGGAUUCGGAGACACUUCUAUCCUCACUGUCAACAUUCUGCAGAAGUCACCACCCAUACAGAAUCCUUUACUAUUUGAUGAGAAUGAUUUAGAUGUAACGCAACCUCUGCUUGACUGCAUUGGCGGUAUUAACGCGUCAUGGAAACAAACCCAACUAUCCAACACGAUACCCCGUGAUGAUAUGACGAAGAGAAUCUAUUCAUCAGUGUCCAGGCAGCUGCGAAUAAUCAACGCUCACUUCCAACACGCAAUGUACAGAUAUAAGUACCCGAGGGUCACGAGAGCGAAUGUCCUUCUAGAAGGUUCCAGCUCCAGAAGGCUGUCCACUCAUUUCAAUCUAUCGCUGAAGGCGAUCAAAUUUCAAACGUCGCCUAGAAGAGAGUUGCCGUGCUACGGUAAUUUAGAGUUGCCGUUGAAAAUUAAGCAAGAGCGAGCAACUUCGCCGCAGGUAUAUCCAGGAAUAAAUAGAAGUGUUCAACUUGAAAUGGACAAAGUGCAAAGUGAUGUAAAAGUGAAAAUAGAGCGGGAUAAAGAGAGAGAACGAGAUAGGGACAAGGACAAAGACAGAUCGCACUCGUCGCGGCACUCGUGCCAGCAGUGCCGGCGGCGCGCGCGCGUCAAGCGCUGCUCGAUCGGCGUGCAGUGCCGCCGCGAGCGCGCCGCGCACGCCGCACCCGCCGCGCCCGCCGCGCCCGGCUGGGGGCCGCUCGCCGCUACCAGCCUGCACAUGAAGGAGCUCAAGUAUCAUAGACUAAUGCGGGUAGAGACGCAUCCGAACGGCGGCGCUAGUGUCGUCUACCUGCAUCAGAACGAUGUCGACAUGCUGAGUGCGACACAACAAGAGGCACUUGCUAAGGAAUUUCUCAAGUUGGUAUUCUCUGAGGAUGGUGAGGGCUGGGCCAAUUUCGUGUGUGGUGUGGUGCGGGGUGCUGCUGCCCGCCUACCCUGCCUGCUCAAGUAUCUCGCUGAGAGGCAUCCUACGCUCACCGUGAAGGCUGGGGUGCUGGCCAGGGCGUCUGAUAUAGAGACCACCACCAUCAAUAGAUAUUACCAACAGGUGCAACAGACAUAUGCAGCAGGCACAUUUCGCAGCGGACCCUUGCACCAGAUAUCUCUGGUGGGAACAGUGCAUGAGGAAGUCGGCGGAUACUUCCCGGAUAUGCUCUCCAUGCUGGCCGAGUGCCCUUUCCUGAAUCUGACGAUGCCAUGGGGCCCCAUGUCGGCUGUCGAAAUGGAGCCCCAGGAGUCGAACGACGGUCCCAUACUGUGGAUCAGGCCCGGUGAACAGCUGGUGCCCACCGCUGAACUUGGCAAGAGUCCCAUCAAGAAGAGACGAACGGGCAUCAACGAGCUGCGCAACCUGCAGUACCUGCCGCGGUACAGCGAGGCGCGCGAGUUCCUGUUCGAGGACCGCACGCGCGCGCACGCCGACCACGUGGGCCACGGGCUCGACCGCAUCACCACCGCCGCCGUCGGAGUGCUGAAAGCGAUCCAGUGCGGCGAGGAGCAGGAGCGCGGGCGCAUCACCAAGGACGUGGUGGCCUUCCACGCGGCCGACUUCAACAAGCUGGUGCAGCUGCUGCAGCUCGACCUGUACGAGCCGCCCAUCUCGCAGUGCGUCACCUGGCUGGAAGAGGCGAAACUCAACCAGCUCCGACGGGAAGGCGUGAGGUACUCCCGCUUGCCUCUGUGCUCGGAUGACAUCUACUUUCUUCCCAGGAAUAUCAUUCACCAGUUUAGAACCGUAUCCGCUGUUACGUCGAUAGCGUGGCAUCUCCGCCUCAAGCAGUACUACCCGUCGUCUGAGGCGUCGUCGCCCGCCGACGAGCGGCCGCCGCCCGACGCCGCCGUCGCCAACCAUAAUGAAACUAAAAAGUCUUCAAAACACAAGAGCGGCGUCAUCGAGAUGAGAGCGCUUAGCGCAAAAUUCAAAGAGAAGUCUGCACUUAAAAUAACUAAUGUAAGAAAAAGUUUAGACAAAGAGAAAACAGAGAGACGGACAGACAAACACGAGCGCACCGACAAGACUGAGCAAAAGGACAGACACGCGCACAGGCACAAAGACUCGGACAAGCAUAGAUCAGAGAAAUCCGAGCGAACGAGUGAUAAAUCCGAAAAAAGUACUGAUAAAUUGGAUAAAAUUGAAAACAGAACUGAAAAAGAGAAAGUUGAAAAACUCGAGAAAGAGAUCAAGUAUGAGAAGCCAGAAAUGAAAACGCCGGAAAAGAGAGAUCCGUCUGUUGUCAGAAGUGAAGAGAAAACAACUUCAGACAGAGCAGAAGUUCGACCGGAAAAAUUGGAGAAGGCUGAAGAUAAAGACAAAUCUACGGAUAAACCUGAAGUUAGAAUUAGUGAAAGAGAUAAAUUGUCUGAUAAGAACGAAGUGCGAAGUGCAGAUAAAGAGAGAUCUGAAAAAAGCGAAGUAAGAAGUAAUGACAGAGAUAAAGCCUUGGAUAAAUCAGAAGUAAGAACGGAAAGAGAACAUAAAGAUAGGUCUGAGAAAUCGGACAGGGAGCGGGCUAAGGACCGCUCGGACAGGCGGUCCGACAAAUACGAGAGGGAGAGAUUGGAAAAGUCUGAUAGAACAGACAAGAACGACAAUCGAUCCGACGUCAAGGAGAGAGAAAAAGAGCGGAGUGAGAAAUCGGAGAGAACGGAGAAAUCGGACAGAUCGGACAAAUCGCACGACCACCACAGGCGGCAUCCGUCGAAACACAAGUCGCACCACAAAUCCGACAGAAGAGAGAAAGAACACAGGCACAGAAGCUCGAUUGACAGAAAGCACGAUAAGCACAGAGAAGGUGGGAAAGAGAAGAGCGAUUCAAAAUCCACGCCCUGCAAGGACAGUGCUAGGGAAGCGAAAACCUCCGUGGACGUUCGGUCGAACAGUGCUAAAAGCGAUGGCGACAGAGUGGACGGUGCGAAAGAGACGGCGAACGGUUCGCCGGUGUGUGUGAGAGAGACGAAGAGCGCUGAACUCGCGUGUGAAAAGUUACCGCAAACAGUUCAUCGACCUCCGGAUUAGAUAUACGCGUGUGCGUGUGUGCGUGUGUGUGGAUCGUGCAGUGGCGGAUUUUAAACUUUAAGUCAAACGUGUUAGAGAUUCAUUUAAUCUUGACUGGGGCCAAAUUUUAACGAAACUAUUUAUAUGAAAACUAUUGAACACCAUUACAUCUUGAUUUAAAUACAUAAGUAAAGAUUUUCUAAAAAUUUUUGACAAAUUAUGAUAUUUUCGAAAAUAAUAUAAUCAAGUAACCAAAAUUUUGCAGGUUCAACAAUGCAACUUUACAGAAAACAAAUAUUUUAAAAUACGAUUUUCUUUUAAUAAAUACUUCAUUUAAACAAUAUUUACUAUUUAGUAAUAGUAUUGUUUUACUGAAUAUCGUUUAAAUUCAUCAAUCCGCCUUUUUACUUUAUAUUGUAUCGGCCUUGAAAAAACAAUUCAAACACUCACUGCAUGGAUUCGAUCUCAAGAUAUCACUGUGCGAUCCACGUCACCCUGUAAAUGCCUAAACCGAAAUUAGUGUUACUUUCUUGUAAAUAUAGGUUAAGGAGUCUCUGAGAGGCUAGGCAGUGUAUAUGGUUGAGUACGCAGUUUUAGAUAUAUUUUCUCUUAUUUAGUUGAUUAAAUGCAAAUUAAAGAAAUUAAGUUUUUUGGUUAUGAUUAUCAGCACUAUAUUGCCUCUGUGUAAAUGUUAGCUUCGAUAAAAUAACUGCGUUUUAAACGCCUGUAUAAAAAUCGGCUAAGUUUUAAAAUAUGUAGUUCUUAAUAAUGCAAAACCAUUAGAGAUAUCUACGUUUUACAUUUUAUGUAAAUUUAAUUUCAAUUGAAAAUUUAUAGAUUAUUCUGUAGUAUCACAGAUCAUUGGCCGAAUUUUAAAAUCUAAAACUGCGUUAUGAAUGUGAUUAAAAGAGUUUUAAUGAAGACGACGAUAUAAUAAAUAAAUUAUAAGAGGAAAUUUAAAAUAUUCACGCAUAAUUCUAAAGAUUGCACUAAAUCUACGAUUGAUAUAUUCUAAUAGAAUAAGGGUUAUACUUAUGUUUUUUGUGAUUUUUAAUAAUUUAUUUAUUACGUUAAAGUUUGCUAGAACGAUAAUCUAAGUUCUCCAUUAUAGUAUUAAAAGUAAGUUAUGAAAAAGACGUUUUAAAUUAAAUAAAAGAAGCUUCCAACUUGCCAGUGAAAAUAUAUGAGUUUGAAGCCCCGCUCUCUCCCUACUGGUGAACAAUUCAGUACGGAUCCAAAAUGUUUUUAUAUGAGAAAUUUUAAAAUUAUCAAAC